AUGUCCGAGUAUACUUCGGCCACGACGGCGGAGACCAUGGCCGGCGCCAGCACCAGCACCAGCACCAGUAAAGCCUCGCUCGAUUAUCGACUGCGGACCAAUCCCCAGGCGCUGAGGAUCGUUACCAACCUUCUCUUGAUCCUCAAAGCGCUCAUUGACGAUUGUAUUGCCGAUUCUUCCUGUCGUGAUGAGAUUCUCCCACACAGCCAAAAGGAUCGGAUGAAGGAGGUUGAAGGGAACCUGAACCAGCUAGUUAGGCUUACCGUCGCAAUCCGAAAGGCCGGAACCCAGUCUAGGCUUCAAAAAGCAGACAGUUCAUUUAACCCUAGUCAUCCUCAGAUUCUUGCUCUGCGUCUCCAUCUCAUGGCUAUUAUUUUGGUGCAUCCAGACGAAAAUGGUGGCUCCCAUUCAAGCAUGACGACGCUCAAGGAAGCCCGGAUGAAUAAAACGGCCCUGGAUCCUAUUCAGUUACGCCUGAUUGAUGCUAACCUACGCAGGCGGGGCCGCUUUCUUUAUGCGCAAAAGCACGCUCGAAAAUUGGGCUUUGGCUUACAUAUGGGAGAUUCUGCACCGCCACUCCAUUCUUCUGGACAGGUGAAUCAAGGACCGCGCUCCCAUGCUGCUCUGACCAUCAGGGCUCCCAAGAUGACGGCCCGGGAACCUGGAUAUGACGAACUUGCGCAAAGUACAACAACCGCAACAGCAGUAGACGCCCCGUUAGAGCUCGUCCAGAAACAAGAAGCGAAAACUCCUACAACAGUUAUAUCCAUCACUAGUUCUCAGAUACGUUAUCCCAGACCGCCUCCAAUUUCAGAUGCCCAAACGGUGUUCACUUGCCCCUGCUGCUGCCAGUCCAUUCCGGUAACAAUAAGCCGGGGCAAUAAGUGGAAGGACCCGUCCGCUUUCAGGAUGCACCUCGAAGACCAACAUGGCAAGGGCAUUAAGCCGCACAGGAUACCAAUGCUACUCACGGCGUGGCGGCGAAAGGUUCCCUUGGAACUAACCCAUUGCCCCUUGUGUGAUUUUGCAAGUGAUGAUCAUGAUCUGACCCUUGAUCAUUCUGCUGCGCAUGUGCAUUCCUUCUCGCUAAGAUCGAUUCCUUGGGGUGCUAGCGACAUAUUGGAGGACGGAGACAAUGAUGACGAUGAUGGAAACUACUUCAACAAGUACCCAUACUUCAACAUUGAAAGCUCCUGCUCUGACUCUUCAUCAAAUGCACCUGGAUCUAGGACCAGUGAUACGGACUCGCAAGGUCUCCCAGACUUAGACUUCGAGCAGUCGAAUGACGUACCCCUUGACGGAAAGGUGCAGCUAACGGAGUCAUCUGUCGAGCAAGUCGCAGGCGAUGUAAGAGGUCCGGAAAUUGCAAAGGGCUGGCUAGCAAUGCUUAACACCAAUACCACUGCCACCGAGCAAGACGCCAGUCAGCAUGACACCCCAGAGGCUUCCCCCGAAAUCACUCCGUCUUCCAGACCCCAGAAUCUUCUUAGAGUGUCUCAAAAACCUGAUAUACCCACAGCUCAGACAGAACGCCACUUGUUGGGCUUCGAUGGUCCCAACAUGUUUUCACCGCCGCCAAAGCCCAGGAGCCAGAGCCAUGGAGUUCACGAACUAGAGCUUCAAGCACCAUAUCUCCCCCUCAUUCGGGCCCUAUCGAUCGACGGUACUGAGGCCCUUCGGAUUCAGCCAGUGGAGCACGCCAAAUACCUAGGAAUCUGGCUCGAUAGGACCCUUUCGUUUGACACUCACAAGGCUAAGGCCCUUGCUAAGGCGAACGGCACUUUGGAAGCCCUCCGCAGCAUCUCAGGCUCGACCUGGGGGAUCUCCCUGCUGAGCAUGCGCCGCAUCUACCUGGCAGUGGUAGUCCCCCAGCUACUCUACGGGGCGGCUGCCUGGUAUAGCCCUACGAGCCGGACGGUCAGCUACAAGAAGCUCCAGAAGACGGUCAAUGAAUUCCAGAGGAUUCAAACCCGCGCAGCUGUUCUUAUCAGUGGCGCGUUUCGUAACACAGCCUCGGCCGCACUGGGGGUAGAGCUUUAUCUCCCCCCUAUGCGAAUACAGAUGCAACAAACCAUUCAGGAGGCGGUCGCUCGGAUCCAAACCGGGCCGGCCAUAGCCUGCCCCCGGGGGCUGCGCUGGAAAAGGUCGAAAGAGGCAUUCAAGGCCUCCGGAUACUCUCCAAUGGAGGCGCUGAAGUGGAAGAAAACAGGCCCGCUAUAUGCAUACGGCGGCAGGCAGGAGGAGUGGGAGACCAGACGGGCUCAUGUGUUGGCCCCGUGGGAGUUGCCCAUGAGGUGCAUCAUUGAGGGGGCAGAGGAGGCAGUUCAGGCCCACGAUAGAGUCUGCCGCGAGGACCGGCAGAUCUGGUAUACAGAUGGAAGCGGCUAUCAGGGGAUGGUCGGAGCCGCCGCGGUCUCUAUUCGAGCAGAAAGGACCGCCAGGAAGCACCUAGGAACGGAACUGGACUCUACGGUCUACGUGGGGGAGUUGGAAGGGGCCCGAAUGGCCCUGGAUCGGGCGAAGCCUACCCCGAUCACCGUCUUCUCAGAUAGCCAGGCAGCUAUUCAAGCCGUGCGCAACCCUGGCCGACCAUCGGGCCAGUAUGCACUGCGGGCUAUCUACGGGUGGAUUAGGGCCCUGCGGAGCGAGGGCCUGGAGAUUGCUGAACUGCGUUGGAUCCCCGCUCAUAUCGGGGUGGAAGGAAACGAAAAGGCGGACAAGGCAGCCAAAGAGACUGCGAUAAGAUGA